GUCGGGUUAUAUCUGUUGUGGUGUCACAAUCAUAAUGUGACACGUGGAUAGGAGAAAACACAACCCAACUCCUAAUAAAUAUUAGUUUGAUUAAUUAAUACUCCCACGCACAAAGACACAAACAUUAUUUGAGUUAGAAAAAUCUUUGAAAGAGAAAUUCCAUCAACAUGAACUUGGGUUCUUCUAGUAGAUUUAGAUCGAAUAUGAUAUUCAGGAGGGAGGGAUUCAAACUCUUCCUACUUAAAUAUCAUCCAAAAAUCCAGGCUUCGAAGCCUUCCCCUUCAAUCACUCAUCAUCAUACCUAACAAUCUGGAAACCACUUCAGAUCGGUCGGAUUGGAGAAAUGGGACGAGCUUGUAAACACCUACCAGCAGGAGGAAGGUGGAAUCACUAAAGAAAGCCGAAGAAAUCGGAGUUCAUCAUGGUGGACCUAAAACCACAAUCAAAACUUCAAAACUUAAUAUAAUUAUAAAAGAUAAAAAAAAAAUGGAAAACAAAUAUUAGAAGGCAUGACAACAAUUGAUAGGAUGGAGCAAUAUAUAACUGAGAGUAUUGAAGAAUUAAAAGGAAGAAAUAGUGAAGAUAGGAAAAGAAUAGAAAGAUUAGAAAAAACCUUUGAAGACUAUAAGAGGAUGAAAAAAUUGAAAACACCCUAUGAAUCCAUGCCUAUAAAUCCUUUUCCCAAACUUACAAUUUUCCCUGAAACAUCCACUAGUAUGGCUGAUAAGCUAAAACAUUCAGAAGAUUUAAUAGAAAUGUAUGAAAUUAUUAAUAAAUUUUAUGAUUAUAAAACUGAUAAUACAAUAUUAAGAAGUAGAAAAAUAACUAAAUAUCCUAGAUUUAUAUGUAAUGAAAAUGCUGAUCCUGAUAUAGUAUUAAGAUUAUUUACAUAUGGAUUUAUAUUUUCAAUUAUGGUAAAUGAAACUCUUAAUAAUAUUAGUAAACUACCUCGUAUAAUAAUAGAAAGUAUGGCCACAAUGAUGGAAUCUUUUGGAAAGGGAAUAUAUGGAAUUCAAGUAUUUGAUGCUAGUACAGAUUUAGUUGGAAAACCCAUAGUAAUUUGUCAAAUGUUUAAAGUAGGAAAAAAUACUAUAAUACAAGGAGAUAAUACUAGCCUAAACAUGAAAAUACCAUGCAAAAUUGAACAAUUUCAUGAAUGGCUAUGUGAAAAAAGAGCAUAUGGAAUAAAAGCAUUAAAAUCUAUAAUUCAAAGUAUGAUAAAAUCUAAAAAGCCAAAUAUUAUAGCACAAGAUAAAGGAGGAGAAACAGAAGAAAUUAUAACAUUAUAUUAUAAUACAGAAAUAUCAACAAGUGAUAUUACAACUCUACAAGAAAUGUAUGAAAGAAUAAUAAAUUUAAAACAUACUCAUGAUAAAAAGACUAUAGAAGAAUUGACAAAGGAAAGACCAAUAAUAAGUACAAAAGUUGAAAUAAAAUCAAAGAAAAGAAAAUAUUAAUCCCCUCUAAAAACACCAUGUGAACUCUUGAAAUGUUAUCAUGGCGAAUGCCACACCACUGGAUGGGAAUUCAAAAACUGCUGAUCAACAAGAUCACACCAAUGCAUGGGAAUGCAUACCAUUGGAUGGAAAUCUAAACCAUUGAUCGAAUGAUCAUAUCAAUGACAAAUUGUCAAAACAUUUCAAAGAUAUUAUCAGGCCCAAUGUAGUCUUACUACACUAAGCCCAAUAUUAUUAUCGGGCCCAACGUAGUCUUACUACACUAAGCCCAAUAUUAUUACCAGGCCCAAUGUAGUCUUACUACAGUAAGCCCAUUAUUAUCAAGAUAUUAUCAGGCCCAAUGUAGUCUUACUACAGUAAGCCCAUUAUUAUCAAGUUAUUAUCAGGCCCAAUGUAGUCUUACUACACUAAGCCCAUUAUUAGCUGAUAUUAUCAGGCCCAAUGUAGUCUUUUACUACAGUAAGCCCAAUAUUAUUAUCUUAUAAACCAUAUGAUGAAAGAAUAAAUUUGAAACUGAUGGAUGAGCUGGAAGAAAGUGAGAAGAAUAUGAAUGUGAAGAUAAUCCUAGAACAUGUUAGAAGUCAGCUGGAAGCAAUAUGAUGGAUGAAGAAAAAGGAAGCUUAUCAACAAACACAACUGGAAACAGAAGAUACAAAAUAUCAAAAUAAUGUGGCAGACAACUUAUUGUGUAAUUUUGGAAAGUUGUAUAAAAAAUAAAUGUAUGUAGUAAGGUUAUCUAUAUAAAAAGCCUCAUUGUAUCAAUUUUAUCAUCGCAAAUAAAAAACUUUUCUUGUAUCCUUACAAUGUCUUUUGCACUUGUGUCAUUAUAUGCAUGGGGAGAUUAAAAAAAACUAUAGACUUUGCCAAGUUGUUGCAACUUAGUAGAUUGUUGACAUAAUAUAGCAAGGAGCCAAGAAGGUGGCAGUAAAGGGACAAUACAGACGGGGAAAGUGAGAUUUAGUGAAGUCAAAAGAAGUUGGAAGCAGAGUAUCUUCACCAAGUAACCAUUUUUAUGGAUCAAUACCAGAAGAUACGGGGACUCCCAGCAACUGUUAUCUUUCAAAGCUAAGAUUUUUAACCAAAAACCAUUUCAAAACUGGGUAUCCUCCACAAGCCCCUGUAGCUUCACUGGUGUUACAUGCAAGGGAUCAAGGGUCUCUUCUGUAGAUCUCACAAACACUAUGCUCGGCGUAGAUUUUGGCCCGGUUUCUUCUUACUUGCUCAGUCUUGAAAACUUGGAGAGUCUGGAGUUGAAGAACACCAGUCUGAAUGGAAAUAUUCCAGAAUUGAGGUUCAAAAGUUUGUCAUAUUUGGACCUUUCUGCCAACAAUUUUUCUGGAAAUUUUCCUUCAUUUCAAGACUGCUUUAGUUUACAGCAUCUUGAUUUAUCAUCCAACAAGUUCAGUGGUGAUAUUGGUGCCUCCCUUUCUUCGUGCUCCAACCUCGGUUUCCUCGAUCUCUCCAGCAAUAAAUUCUCUGGUGAGUUGCCUGUUGAAACCUUACUGAAUAUGACUAGCUUGAAGACACUGGUUUUAUCAUUCAAUAAUUUUGUUGGUGGCUUGCCUGAGUCACUCUCUAGCUUGGUAAACUUAGAGACCUUAGAUUUGAGUUCUAAUAACAUCUCUGGUUUGAUUCCAUCUGGGAUUUGUAAAGACCCUAAGAACAGCUUGAAAGUGUUGUACCUUCAGAACAACCUGUUCACUGGUCCAAUACCUGAGACACUAAGCAACUGUUCCCAAUUGGAAUCUCUUGAUCUUAGCUUUAAUUAUCUUAACGGGAAGAUAUCAUCUAGUCUCGGGUCCUUGUCGAAGCUCAAGGAUUUGAUAAUUUGGUUGAACGGGCUCGAGGGGGAAAUCCCACCGGAGCUAAGCUACUUGCAGUACUUGGAAAGUCUGAUUCUUGAUUUCAAUGACUUGUCAGGCUCAAUCCCUGAAAGCCUCAGCAACUGUACUAAUUUGAAAUGGAUUUCUUUGUCUAAUAAUUUGUUGAGUGGUGCUAUACCUGCUUCAUUCGGGCGCUUGUCUAAUCUCGCCAUUCUCAAGCUGGGAAACAACUCCAUCUCCGGGAACAUCCCUGCUGAGUUGGGGAAUUGCAGUAGCUUGUUAUGGUUAGAUCUCAACACCAAUUUCUUGAACAGGCCUAUUCCGCCUGAUCUGUUCAAACAAUCUGGCAAUAUUGCAUUGCCAUUACUCUCUGUGAAGCAUUUUCUGUAUAUUUGGAACGAUACAAGUGAGCAGUGCCACAUCACAGGAAAUUUACUCGAAUUCGGUGGGAUUACUGAGGAUCGCCUCGACAGGAUUUCAACCAGGCACCCCUGCAGGUUUACAGUCUACAAGGACAUUUCCCAACCAUCAUUUUCCCACAAUGGAUCCAUGGUUUUCCUCGACCUUUCAUACAACAAGUUGGAAGGCAGUAUCCCUAAGGAAUUAGGCUCCAUGUACUAUCUCUUAGUUCUGAAUCUGGGGCAUAAUGAUCUCUCCGGUCUAAUCCCUCAAGAACUUGAUGGCUUGAAGAAUGUUGAGCUUUUUUAUCUGUCACACAACCGGCUCAAUGGUUCAAUCCCACAAACUUUAACCGGCCUCACAUCACUCAGGUAUAUUGAUCUGUCAAAUAACCAUCUUGUUGGAAUGAUACCUCAUUCUGAUCUUUUCGACGCAUAUUCUAGAGAAUAUUUUGCCAAUAAUUCUGGCCUUUUUGACUACAUUCAUCCUCAGUAUGGCCUAGAAUCAAAUUCAAGUUCAAGUUCAAGUUCUAAGCCCGGUAGAUCAGAGAAAAAUUAUUACAUCAUUAUACCGUGUGCUGGAAUUGCAGUACUUAUCGGGUUAGUAAUUCUGUUACUCGUGUUGAGACGUGGAGGGGAAAGGAGGGAGGAAAGGGAUGGAGAAGAAUGGAGUAUGAUUUCAUUUCAAAGGUUGGAGUUCAAUAAAUGGGAUAUUUUGGGUGGUCUGAGGGAUGAAAAUUUGAUUGGAAAUGGAGGGUCUGGAAAAGUAUAUAGAGUUAUAACCAGGAAAGACCAGAGAGUUGCUGUUAAAAGUAUAAGGCAUGAACAAAAGCAAGGGCAGGGAUUAAUGGAGAAACAAUUCCUAGCAGAGGUGAAGAUCCUUGGGGGAAUCAGGCACAACAACAUAGUGAAGCUGCUAUGUUGCAUAAGAGGAAAGACUACUAAGGUUCUUGUGUAUGAAUACAUGGACAAACAAUGUGUUCAUAAAUGGUUGCAUGGAAAGAAGAGGGGCUUAACUACUCAAGUCUUGCAAUGGGAGAGAAGGCUAAAAAUUGCCAUUGGAGCUGCACAAGGGCUUUGCUAUAUGCAUCACGGUUGCAAUCCGCCCAUUGUUCAUCGAGACAUCAAGUCCAGUAACAUACUCGUGGACUCCGACUUCAAUGCCAAGAUUGCAGACUUCGGACUAGCAAAGAUGCUGGCGAGUCAAGGAGAUCCAGAAACAGCUUCCGCUAUUGUGGGAACUUUUGGUUACAUUGCCCCCGAAUAUGGCAACACAAGAAAAGUGAAUGCAAAGAGCGACGUCUACAGCUUUGGUGUAGUGCUCUUGGAAUUGACAACGGGAAGAGAAGCCGUGACUGCAAAUAAGGACAUGAACCUAGCACAAUGGGCACACAAACACCAAAGAGAAGGAAACUCCUUUGUAGAUGCCUUGGAUGAGGAAAUCAAGGAUCCACAACACCUGAAGGCGGCGACCACCGUUUUCAAAUUAGGCCUUGCGUGUACUUUGAGUUUCCCUUUGAGCAGGCCGUCUAUGAAAGAUAUUUUAAAGAUACUUCAAAGAUGCCGCGAGAAGAACCAUUUGUCUUAA